CCAUCUAUAUAUAUAUAUAUUAGGAAACUAAGCAACGCGUGAAUCAGAUUCCCGCUUUCCUAUAUAACAGUUUGCCCUUCUCUAUAUCUCUUGCAACUUGUAUCAUAGCUUUAACCUACAAAAUUGAAAUCAUAAAACACUCAAUUUCGUUAGUUUUUGUCAAAGUAGCAUCAAGGUGAAAAAGAUGGAUGGGUACAACAAACAUAACGGAGAGAAAGGACUCUUCCCGAUUCUUGGUGGAUAUGGUGGUGGUGGUGGACACUAUCCCCCACAACAUACAGCAUACCCUCCUCAAGGGUAUGGUUAUCCUCCUGGGGGAUACCCUCAAGCCGGUUAUCCCCCAUAUGGUGGAUAUCCAUCACACGGUGGUGCUAGUGGAUAUCCGGCACAUGCAUAUCCUGGUUCAUCUGCUCCCUAUCAUUCAGGGCAUGGUGGUCAUGGAGGACAUGGUAUGGGAUUCCUAGCUGGUGGGGCAGCACUUGGGGCUGCUGCAUAUGGCGCGCAUCAUGUGUCACAUGGAUAUGGUUCCCAUGGUUAUGGAGCUCAUGGCUAUGGUGGCUAUGGACAGCACCAUGGUAAGUUUAAGCACGGGAAGUUUGGUAAACAUGGGAAGUUUGGCAAGCAUGGAGGGAAGUAUGGAAAGAAGUGGAAAUGAGUUUAUUAUGUUUAUACCCUCUUUGCUCUAAUACGGUUGUCCAUUUUGUUCGAAUCAAAUUAAUGUUGUUAGUUGUAGUAAGUGGUUUUAUUUAUGCUAUAAGUUGGCUUGUAACCAAAACUCUUUGAAAAAUCGUUGUUUAUUUGGUAAUAAAAACGAAAUAAGAGGGCAAAUUUUAGUA